GUUUGUUGCUUUUAUUUUAAGGUAUAAUGUUUUUAACAACAGCAUUACUCCGAAAGAGAAUUCCUGGAAAACAAUGGAUUGGAAAAUAUAGGCGACCGAGAGUGGUUACCCUUUCAAUGAAGCAGGCAAUGAUCCGAAGGCUGGAAAUUGAAGCAGAGAAUGAAUACUGGCUGAGUCGACCCUACCUGACAAAGGAACAGGAAUACAAUCAUAAUGUAGAAGGGAGACUCGCAAAAUGGGAAGCUUUCAGAAGCCUGCUGACAUCCAAGUUUCCUGAGCACAGAUAUUUCAGAGAUCAUUUGAACCACUUAAAUGUGUCAAAAAAGUGGACAUCUUGAAUGACACAGUAUAUUUGUAUUGGAUAUGUGUUGUGCACUACCACAAGAUCUGCUGUGUGCCUGUUAUGGUAGUUUUGUAUUCAGUAUAAUAACGAAGGGUGGAUGAUAAGUGAGACUUUUCUGAAAACCAUUCCUUCAUAGUGUUAUACAAAAUCGCGCAUUAAAAUAGUCCUACAAAACAAUACGAUGUUUUCUUAUUAUUGGCUCACUGGAAAAAGAAGUCCUUUCUGUGGCUCUCUAUCCUCUGUUCUACUUUUCUCAUAAAACAGUACAAGUUACCAAGUGCUGUGAUGAUGUGUGCUAGAUCUAUAGCUUUACGAAUUUGAUUUUUGAAAGCUAGGAGAACAUACUUGCUGUGUUGAAAGAGAUUAUGUGCUUGUACUGAUGAAAUGGCCCUUACUGGUCAUUUUUCUUUCUGAAGGGAUACUUUUAUGUAAAUAAAAUUAAUACUUGGGGAUCCAGUUGAAGCUAA